AUGCACUCCCUCAUCCCAACCGUCGCCCUCCUCAGCCAGUCUGCUGCUGUCUUUGGUGCUGCUAUCCCCAAGCCUGCUCCAGCCGCAGCUCCGGUCCCACUCAUUGUUGACAAUGCACUACCUCGGGCUGCUGUUACUCAGCGGGUGAAGAUUGAAGAAGAGCUGGCUGUCGAAAUCAUCGAAAAGACCCUCGCCACUCUCGUCAAGUCUGUCACACCAACUACCGUGGCCGCCAGACAGGCUAUCAAUGACAUACUUCCUCCCAACUAUUUUUGGCCUCCUUUCUUCUCCCCUCCCCAGAUGCCCAACGGCAACCAGACCUUCAGUCCUUACUGCCACUUGAAAACUCAAGAGGAAUGCAAUCGCAUCCUGUGA